UAUUCUAAUGAGCAGGGAACUCCUCAAUGUACAGCAAUGCGAGGGGCGUGAGGGGUAGAUUCAAAACUGAGAUGCCCAAAUAUUGUCCGAGCGCAGCAAUAUGAGUAACAGAGACGCGUGUUAGGGGAAACCGCUCAAACUGCACGGGAAUUGUCUCAUCUGAACGUGAUAAACGUCCACAGCUAUAGCAGAAGCAGGGUGACGCAGAUCAUAUUGAAAGAUUGAUUGCUUUUGUUCUGCUGGGAAGGGUGAGGAGCAUCCUGCUGGACCUCGGGAUUCCUCUGAAGAUGGAAGGAGAGCGCAGUCGGAAUAAAGAGCGUCUGGAGGCCAGUUUGACGUGGCUGUGUGAACUGGAGAUGCUGAAGCAGCGGCAAGAGAGCCUGGUCCUCGGUGCCCUGUCCCUCGGGGACUCCGUGCCAGGAUGCCCCGCUUGGGGUGAUGUGGGUCCGGCCCGCAGCAGCAGAGAGCAGGAGCAGAUCACUUUAAGACGACAGCUGAACCAACUCCAGGGUGCCCCCAGCCUGCUGAUGUUGGCACUGCAACAGCAGCUCAGUGAGUUGAGGUUGGAUACAGGAUUCACAUGUGAACAGAAUACAGAGGAGGAUCUGGACAGUCCCAGUGCUUCAAGCUCAGGGUUUUAUGAGCAAAGUGAAAGUCUGUCUCCUCCACUGCGUUCCUGUUCCUCCCCAAACCUCAGCGUGUCCUGUCACAGGCCCAGAUCUGUGGAUGCCUACAUGCUGGACUGGGAGGGUUAUAUGGAGCCCACAGUACAUGCCACCAUGCCCCGCUCAUUUUCUGCCCCGUACCCCCAACUGGAGGGUAUUGCCGAGGGAAUAGAGGAGGAAGAAGAAGAUGAAGAAGAAAGUCCUCAGUGGGUUACAGAUCAGACAACUUAUGAAAGCCUGACUCCAGAGAUGAGCCUCACUUAUGAUGCUGAGGCAGAUCCUGCAUUGAAGAUAGAAGAUGGCCCAACAGAAGAAGACAUCCAGCAGGCAAUGCGUGUGGAGACGUACAUCCUGGGACUCCUGCAGCGAAGACACCUCAGAUCUACAGCAGAACUCAGCUCUGAUCCCGAUCAGUGGCAUGACUUACACACAUACCCACCCAGUUACCCACAGCUUAAAUGGCAGGAAUGGGCAACUCUCUCUGAGGAAGAGAAUGAGCGUGAAUCCCAAGAUGGAUAUUGCAUGAACCUUCCCAGUGCCCAAGCUGGACCAACUUCCCUAAGCAGUGAGGAGCCAGAAUCCUCCUUGGAAAUGGAUCAGUAUGGAGUCGAAGAAGUCCACACCAGCAUCAACGACUCCCCUCAGCAUCAACCGGUUUACAUUGAACGCCGUCCCACAAUGUCAGACACCAUGAAACCCCACAUUCACACCUGCUGCAAUCACACCUGUGUACCUACAUUGUCAACUGCUGAGUCCCAUGAGCAACACCAGCCCAUUCCAUCCCAAAAGUGGGCCCUUCUUUGGUCCCUUGCCAGAAGGAGUCCAGAGGAAAGGUGGACAACUCUAGGAGAGAGACAAACCAAGUCGACCAUCCGCUCUCGGUCAGAGGACAGUUGCGUCUCUCAAGGUUGGACUGCCCAGCCAGAGCACAAAUACUAUACGGUGGGACGGGACAUGGGCAGGCAUCAUAGUGACGAAUUGUAUCCAUCUAAUCAGCGGCUGUGGUGCUCCUCGGCGGACCUCAGUCAAGAAGAAGAUGAGGGGAUAUACAGAGAAGAUGUGCAUGAUUUCAGAUUACAUCAGUUACCCCCAAAACGCACUGUUCAGUUUGUGGAGCAGGACCAGAGGGUGCAAGAGGCCGCUACUGCACCGACCGAUGGGUCUGACUCCAGUCUGAGUGAGACUUUCUCUCCAGGAACCAGUUCGGUGUCCAGUGACUCGGAUGAGAGCGGAGGGCUGGUCUGGCCUCAGCAACUGCCCCCUCGCUUGACCCCGGCCCCCUCUUCCUCUCAAAAUCCCUCCAAUGCUGUGGUCAAGAUUAAAGCCUCACAUGCGCUCAAAAAGAAGAUCAUGCGAUUUCGUUCAGGCUCCCUCAAACUCAUGACCACAGUCUGAGUCUGGCCUUGAACAUCUCUGCCUAUUUAUACUUUAUAAUUCAUUUGAGAGCUUUAUGUAAUACUCCUACAUUAUAUGUGGCAUACUGAAUACUGAACCCGGGUCCAAGCCUUUACUCCAUUUCAAAUGAGAAUACUGUCCCAACAGCUAUUUAUGAGUACUCAUUUAUAGCACGCCUUUAAGCUAAGCUUUUCAAAACUCACAGUGUACAAUCUCCAGCCUCACAAAGUUAUGGAUACCAAUAUUUUAAUUAUUUAGAAAAAAUGUUUGAGGUUAGGAUCAUGGAUUUUCAGUAGUUCUACAGCACACUGUGGGUGUAUAUUAUCACCGUUUGUUGCUUGACGUGAUGUCAGACUUAAACCAGAUAUAUACACUUGUUGUCCAGCCUAAGAUUAUUAUUAUUAUUAUUAUUAUUAUUUAUUUUAUUUUUUUUCAGCAGCAUCUUGAUUUCCUGACUUUUACCUCUGGGAUUAUUGAAUCUUUCUUCUUGUUAAUAAAAGAUUUGAUGAAACACAACGACAAGAUACAGAGCAAACCCACUAAGGACACCAAACCCAUUACAAGAUUGUAUGGUUUUGGAUUUAAUAGGACUACUGUAUGUGUUCAUGGAUUCGUUUGUCCAAAAAGGAAGAUUCUGGCAUCAUUUACGUACCCCCAUGUCGUUCCAAUCCAAACCUGUAUGACUUUCUUUUGUGGAGCACAAAAGGAUCACAUUGUAUUUUGUCCAUGCAACUUUGUCCAAAGACAAUGGUCACCAAAACUGUUUGAUCAUCAACAUUCUUUAAAAUAUUUGUUCUGCAUUAAACAUUCUGAAAGUCAUACAGGUUUGGAAUGACAUGAAGGUGAGUAAAUGACAGAACUUACAUUUUUGGGUGAACUAUCCCUUUAAGAAUGACUGUGGGCCUGUAAUUUUUAUAAAUCACUUUCUUCAGCUUCAAGUUCUAAAGCAUGCUCAUAAAUCUCUUAUCUUUUCAACAAUACUGCUAUAUAUUUUAGCUUUCCCCUACUAAAUAAAGCCAUUUUAAGAUAACCAUUUUCUUGAUUAUAGACAAGACAAUGAAAUAGAGAAAGGAGGCAGUGUGAGAAGAGAGGUAAACAAGACAGGAAAGGACUUCGAGCCAGGACUUGAACUCAGGUCACCUGAAGAGUCUGGCACUACACUACGCUGCUAAUGAUGACGUCAUGUUGUCCACCAUGUAAUGCAGAAUGAGAAUAUUUUGCUUGGGAAUAUUUUAUCCUUCAACAAGCAAACAUGAAUUACUAGGAACUCAGAGCAAUCUGCAGCAUGAAGUGAAAUAUGUGUUCACCUGGAAUAGAUUAUCAUUAGUUUUGCAUUUUUAAGGGGCCAUUUUCAAGACUCAUCUCACACACACACACACACACACACACACACACACACACACACACACACACACACACACACGACAGGAUGUGCCUGGGCUAAUAGAAGCAUCCUUAUCAGUACUACGUACAACUUUGCCUGCCAUGUCCCAGGUGUUGUCUCUAGUUUGCACAUACUGUACAUUAUCCAUUCAUAAGAAAGAAGUCAGCUUGAUGAAUAUUUUGAAGCAUGUUUGUUAAAAUGCAUUUGUAGUCUACUGAAAGUUUUUCAACAUUUAUAGUAAUUGGUUAGUAUUUAUACUUCAUUAACUUUGAUAUCAACAUAGCUUCUUUACUGGCGCCACCUAGUGCAUUGGAGGACUUUUGGAGGAUAUUUCAUUUUCUUGCUGCUACACAGCCAAACUCCCUUACCUGUGCUGUACAGUGGAAGUACAUUCCAGUGUGGAGUGUAUUAAAAUAUGCCUUGCCUGAACAUAAUUGUUCACCUUUUCUGAUUUCAUGCUCACAGUAUAUUUUAGAGAUUUUCAUGUGGUCUUUGAAAGUGUUCCUGCUCAUUGCAUGUUGUAAAUAAACUCUUAUUCAUAGUC